AUUGAGAACUAAAUAAACAUUCCGUUUUCUUCGAAAGUCGGAACAAUAAAGAUUAUAAAUUAAAAAACCUUCCACUUUUAAGGACGACCAAAUUACGUAUAAGCUUUAUAGUGUGACCAGGUUUCUCCCGCACAUUUUACGGUAAUGGAAUCUAGUUAAUGAAAAAGGAUUUUUAGUACCUAGCAAAGCAAUUUAGUUUUCAGUCUUUGCAUUUUUACAGACAACUAAGAGCCUAAAGUUUCAACUCCCAUCGAAUUAUUGGAGAUUAACUGAAAAACCCACUAAACUACUUUUUUUGUGAUUUGAGAGCAGUCGCCUAAUUACAUUUUAAAGCCCGCUUUCAAAUUGAGUUUACAAGCCGAUAUGGAAAUUUUCAAGUACUAAUUCUACGCUCGGGAGAUAAACACGAGAAUUGAUCGAAAUCACUAAUCCCAAAGCAACCGAGGAAUCAUUAAACCAUCCCUAAACAUUUGUGAAAUGGCUCAGUCCUCCCCAGCGGAAGCAGUCAUCAGUCAAGAGUGCAGGAACGCAGAGGAUAAACGAGGAGAGAGAGGGGGAGGGGGAGGGGGAGGGGGAAUUGAAACUGCGACACGCGGGGGAGUGGUGAGGUUUUCGGCUGGGAUGGGGGAACAGCAGAGACCGUACCCGGCUACCAUCAGGUACAACAAACACCUGUUGCGAAAGAGACUAGACGUAGAAGAGUGGAUGGACAAUCAAAUAAGACUGCUCUAUGAUGUCAAGGAUGACGAGGAUUGCGACAUCUUCAUUGAUCUAGACGAUGUGGCUGAGUAUGAGACUGAUGAACAGAAACGCAACUUCAUCAAGGAUUAUCUCAGGGACUGCCGACACUCAACAGAUAUUUUCAUCACAGAACUGCUGGAAAAAAUGCGCCAUCUUCAAGCCACAGAAGUGGAGAAACAUUCUAGAAGUUUCUAGGCAUCUAAGCUUACCCAUCCCAGACAUGUCACUUCGUCGUAAUAAUUUGAGCGUGGAUAUUAAAUCAAUGUACUUGAACGCUACAACUGGUGCUAGUGCAAGGAAAACUGAAGUGUAGCAACAAACUGAAAAUGUAUGAAAAUAAGAACAAGACUGCUCGUAUCAGGGCGAAGCCCUGAAUGUUCCGACUGCCUUUAAAUGUUUAAUAAAAUGUCAUAAAAAUGAAAAAAAAAUUCUUAAGUUUGAAA